AUGGACGUGGGAUUCCGUCGAGGACGUCGUUGCGAGCGGUGCCCACGACAGCUGGUGGACGGAGGGGAGAGAGGCUGGUCAGCGCACGGGCGAACGCCACUGUGGCGCGAACGUCCAGACUCCGAUCGAAUUGCGGCUGCGGCAGGGCGGCACAGGCCCGGAGUCCGAGCUGUGCGGCGAAAUCGCAUCCUCCCGACAUUUGUCUGUUUGACGUCCGCCAUCCAUCCAGGACAUCGUGUCGACCCCGCCCGUUCACACGUCGGCGCUCGCGGGCACGAGAGGCAUCCGGUAAAGCGAACGGAACGCACUCCCAGCUGCUGA